CAGUGAAGCUGCGAUGUCCCCUGAGCUUGGCCGCCAUUAGCUGUGCGGCGCGACCCGUCCCGGUCAUCGCCAUGGCUACGAAUGCCAAAGCCAAUCGAAGGCGAAGUCUUCGCUGGAAAAAAAGCGUCUCGCGCACCGCUCGUUAGCUCACGUGGGAGCCGAUUCUGUGCGGUCUCCAUGUAAACGCCGCAAAGCCCUAAUGUCCUCAUUAACGUUUCACCAUCACAGAGCAUGUGGGAAAGAAGAGUAUCACAAAGAUCUGCUCUGGCCUUUCCUAAGGUUUGUGUGGGAAAGGUGCAAUUGGCUCGGAAGAUGAUUAAAAAUGCUGUGGUUGUGAAGUAUGAGGCAGUGGAGCAUGAGCAACUCUUCUGGUGUGUCUGCUGCAAGCAGGAGGUGAAAAAGCACCUGAGCCAUGGAAGCCUGACAGUGCUGUAUGGGGGACUUCUGCAGCACAUGGCCAGCCUGGAGCAUAAAAAAGAAGCCAACAAGUUCUGGUGGGAGAACAAAGCGGAAGCAAAAUUAAAGGAGCAGUUUCUGAUUUCCCCUGAGGACUAUGAGCAGUUCAAAUCAUCACUUGUCAAAGCUCUGGAUGUUUAUGAAGAAAGAGAGGAUGAAGUCAUUAAAGAGAUGGCAUCCCAUAUUCGAAAAGUGGAGCAGAGCAGACAGGAAAUGGUACAUGCUGUCUUAGAGCCUGAGACAGACAGAGAAUUUUGUGAUGAACCUUCUGCCAUCAGCACACCUGGAGGGCACAAAAGUGACUUCAACAUCACUGAAGAGGAAGAGCAGCUUGACCCAAGUGCAAUUCAGACAACACCUGAUUUAGAUUGGAUGGAUGAAGACCAUGCUCUGACUUUUAUUGGCCACCAGGAAUCAGACGGGAAAGGAAAUGUUCACACAGGUGCCAAACCUCCCUGGCUGAUGCAGGACAAAGAGGAUUUUGGAAAUAAACAGCAGAUUGGACCUUCUUAUGAGGAAUUUCUCAUGGAAAAGGAGAAGCAGAAGUUGAAAAAGCUUCCUGCAGAUCGUGUUGGGGCCAACUUUGAUCACACCUCUCAGACAGGUGAAGGGUGGCUUCCUUCCUUUGGACGGGUCUGGAAUCAUGGCAGGAGAUGGCAGUCUAGACAUCAGUUCAAAGCUGAAUCAAGCAAAGAAAAGGACAGGCAAAGGAAGACCCGGCAAAGACCAAUCUUAAGUUCAAUGAAAAAAGGCACAGCUUAGUAAUUACACACUAAAUGUAUUACAGGUAACCCUAUGUUAAGGCUGUUCUUAUGUAUGUUAUGUUUACCAAUUUAUAAGCUAGAUGUAUUAAACUUAUGGAACUCUUGUA